GGUGUCCCACGUGUGUGUGUGUGUGUGUGUGUGUGUGUUUACAUCACCCCUCAGAGGUCUCAGCAAGUCUGUCGUUCAUGCUGAUGGCUGUCGAGACUGGCCUGGCCGUCAAAAUAUACAGGUACACCAGGGACUUCGUCCAUUUGAUCGGCUAACGUGUUUGCUGCCUGUACUUUCGAGGCACUAGAAGCACCAAAUCUGUGAAGCCCCCGACAGGAGCAGGAAAACCGGAGCAGGCUGGGCCACACUAGUCGUGCAUUAUGCCUCGCAGGAAAUUGGGACGUUUGACCAGAAAAAAUAGGAGGGAGGCCAAGACUCGGACUGUUACUGAGCAACACCCACAAUGCUUUGUUAUCACCAGAGGCAAUGCUGGGCCAACUCUCAGCAAAUUAAUGCAAGAUUUUCGCAAUGUGAUGGAACCUAACACAGCCUCCAGACUCAGGAACACCAAGAGGAACUCACUCAAGGACUUCGUAGCCAUAGCAGCUACCCUGCAUGUGACACACCUGGUCAUUUUUACUCAGACUAAAUUGGGCAUGUAUCUCAAGCUGUGUCGGCUGCCUCAUGGACCUUCACUCAUCUUCAGGAUAAACAACUUUGCACAGUGUAAAGAUGUAUUGUCAACCAUUAAGAAGCAACAUACCAAUCCUGGCAUGUACCUGAUGGGACCAUGCCUGAUGACCAAUUUGCAGCCUGAAGAGGGGGAUCUACAACUCCAGCUUGUAGCCAAGAUGUUCCUUGACAUGUUCCCUACCAUCACUCCACAUGAGGCCAAGACAAAAUCCAUUCAGCGGUGUUGUUUGAUACACUUUGAUGCUGAGGAAGGAGUCUUCGAUUUCCGUCACUAUGCCAUCCAGGUUGUUCCUGUUGGGCUCUCAAAAGCUGUAAAGAAAUUUAAAAAAAGGAAGUUACCCGACCUCAGCAAUUUUACUGAUGUAUCUGAGUUUAUGACCAAAUCUGGCAUGCUGUCUGAGAGUGAGGCAGAAGAUGACCCCUCAGCUCAGGUCACAGUGCCACCCUCCAAAAAGGCAUCAAAGAAACUUGGGCCACAGAAGUCAUCAGUGAGAUUAAGUGAGCUGGGCCCAAGGCUGACACUUCAGUUAAUGAAAAUUGAAGAAGGGUUACUGGAAGGAAAAGUAUUGUAUAGCAGCCUAUACAUCAAGUCUGCAGAGGAAAAGUUAGAACUGGAGAAAAGAAGGAGAGUUAAAAAACAACUUAAAGCAAAGAGGAAAAAAGAACAGGAAGAAAAUGUUGAGGCUAAGAAAAAGAAGAAAGAGGAACAUAAGAAGAAGUGUCUUGAGGGAAUGAGUUCCAAGAAGGAAAAUAGAGGAAAGGCAGAGGCAGAAGAAGAGGAUGAUGAUGAUGAUGAUGCACAGUAUUUUAGAGAAGAAGUUGGAGAGGAACCAGAUACAGAUCUCUUCCAAAAGAAAGAUGUACCUCUGCACAAAAGGAAAAGGACUGGUGGUAAACCUCCUAGGAAGAAGCUCAAAAGUAAAUAGAUAUAUUAUACAGAUUAAGGAUCAUAGAAGCCUAAUUGUCAUGUAUGAUUAUCUUCUGUACCAACACCAUUGUGAUAAGAUUUUAUAAACCUGAUGAUGUAAAUGGCAAGUGUGAAGUAUUCAUCAUCUGUGUAAUCUGUCAUUAUGGUAUAGAAGUUGAUCAGAAAGGCAAUGAGAAUUUGACAUCUUUUGAGAGAUCAUAGGUCAAGACAAAAUUUUCAAAUAAAGACAUGAACUUGAGGGACAAUAUAUGAUCAUUAUCUGUGUGAGAAUAAAACUGGGAUGAUAGAUGUAGGAAAACUAAGAAGAAAUAGGGUGAGUUGCUGUAUAUUCAUUAAGCUGAAUUGCCAACCUUAAGGAAGACCAAGUAUGCCUCACUGUAAAUUGACUGGUUUCAGACAUUGUUAGUUUCUCAUGCUGUCAAUAUAGUUUUUGCUCUUAGCUCAUGUUUUGGUGUCAAGUCCCUUCAUGAAAUACAGUACAUGAUGUUUUGGGAAUCUCAUAUUCCUCUGCCACUUUUUAUUUUUACUUUUUUUCCUAAUAUAAAUAAAAAAUUUCCUCCAUGUAUGUAGAAAGAUUUUUUUUUAUUUAAUUUAUUUAUUUUUGUUGGGGUGGGGGAGGGAAACUACGUUUCUGUGUUCUGCAUUCCAUUUUUUUUUUUUUUUUUUUGGCUUGGCUUUAAUCUGAUGAAUAUCUCUUACUUUUCUCAUUCAGAAUCUAGUAAUUAAACAGAAAAGAAACAGGGGAGUGGAUACGGAUAAAUAGAGGACAUAUACUUUUGUCUGUUGUAAUAUUGACAGGAUUUGUGGUCAGGAAUUGAAUUCUGUAUUCUCAUGUAUGGUGAAAACACUUUGUUGUUACAUUUUAUAAUUAAAAUUGACAAAAAUGCAAAA